AUGGCGAAUGUGGAAGAGAUACAAUGUGGGUCGAUGUUGUUCAGACAAGAGGAUCUGCAAGAAAUGAGUGGGGUCAAUGUUGGAAGCGGUUACGUUGAGGUGAUGUGUGGUUGUACUAGCCACCGGUACGGUGAUGCCAUUGCUAAACUUAGGGUUUUCCCCAACGGCAAUCUCGAAAUCACCUGUGAAUGCACGCCCGGUUGUGACGAAGACAAGUUAACACCAGCUGCUUUCGAGAAGCAUUCUGGUAGAGAAACAGCCAAGAAAUGGAAGAACAAUGUGUGGGUUAUCAUUGGAGGAGAAAAGGUUCCAUUGUCAAAGACAGUAUUGCUCAAAUACUACAACGAAGCAUUAAAAAAGUGCAAUAGAUCAAACAGAUCACAAGGGGUAAAAGUAUUCCAUAGAGAUGAGUUUGUUGGGUGCAUCGAAUGUGGUAAAGAGAGGAGGUUCAGGUUGAGAAGCAGAGACGAAUGUCUGAUACACCACAAUGCAAUGGCUGAUCUAAACUGGAAAUGCUCAGACUUUCCAUACGACAAGAUAACAUGUGAGACAGAGGAAGAGAGAGGAAGCAGGAAAGUGUAUAGAGGAUGCACACGUUCACCAACAUGCAAAGGCUGCACUUCUUGCGUCUGCUUUGGCUGCGAGUUAUGCCGUUUCUCUGAUUGUACUUGCCAGACGUGUGUUGACUUCACCAACAAUGUCAAAGCUUGAAGAAAGUAGUCCACUAAAGAAAAAUGUUUUGCAUUUAAAACCUUUUAUUAAUUAAUUUCCAAACUGUAAUGUCUAUUCUAUCUUAUCUUAUGGGUCGUUGAAUGGAGCAAUCCCCUAUAUAUUAAUUGAGAA